AGAUCCUCUGCGAUUCGAGUGUGCGGUGUAUCCAAAAGUUUGUCAAUCGUAUCUCCACUUUGGUUCAUUAUUUCCGGGCAAUCACUACACUUAUAUCAUGGAUGGCUCUCUUCCUAAGCUGUACAAUGCAUGGUUUUGUCCUUUUGCUCAGAGGGCCUGGAUUGCCAUGCUGGCUAAGAAAGCUGAAUUUGAAUACAUCGAGCAGAACCCCUACAACAAGACCCCAGAAUGGCUGGCAAUAAAUCCAAAUGGGCUAGUUCCUGUUAUUGUACACAAUGGUAACGCUGUGUAUGAAAGCUCUAUCUGUAUUGAAUUCAUUGAUGAAGCAUUCUCAACUCCUGUUACAAUCUUGCCAAAGGACCCAUAUAAGCGAGCUCAUGGUAGAAUGUGGGGUGAUUUCGUAAGCAAGAAGCUAGUUCCACACUUCUACACAAUGCUUCUAAAGCAAGAUAAAGAAGACCAGGAAGAAGCCAAGGCAAAGUACCUUGAAGGCUUGAGGACUUUCACCAAUGAAAUGGACCCGGAAGGACCAUUCUUCCAGGGUAAACAUUUGGGAUAUGUUGAUAUUAUGUGGGCUCCUUUUGCAGCUCGAAUGCAUAUCCUGGAGCACUACCGUGGGUUUAGUGUCCCUCAGACGGAUGAGUUUAAAAGGUACCAUCAUUGGUGGGAUAUUAUUAAACGGCAUUCUGCUGUUGCCAACACCCUCCAGGAUGAAGAAAAGAUGUUGCAGGUGUACCAGAGAUAUGCAUUCAAUACUACAAGAUCCCAGGUCAGCGAGGCAAUACGCAAGGGAACAGCACUGCCGUAAUCCAGAGGCUUCUACUCUUGGGUGUUAUCUGUAUAGCGUCUGCACGUUAGAGUUCCAUAAAAGUGGUCUGUUAGGGCUAAUACAAUGAGAGGCCAGACCCC